AUGGCUGCGCCGACCCUAACAUUACUCAACCUACCUCCAGAGCUGAUACUCGAAAUCGCUGACUAUCUGCCUCCGGAUGGUAUAUUGGCUCUCAAGUUCUCGCAUCGAGCCUUGGACUAUUCACUCCCCCUUGCACCUCGACUCAGAAAUCGGACCCUGUCGCGUUGCGCUCGUCUUGCAGUCUGCAGCUACCUCGCAAAACCAAACCCGAACCCAACCCACCUUCGUUGCAUUCUGUGCAAAGCAGUCUAUCCUCUCAAGUCCUUUCAGUCAUCGAGCAGCCCGGCUUGCGCGCCUUUGUCAUUCGCAGUUGAUGUGGGGCAAAUGGAGGUAGUCGAGCUUCCGCAAAGGCUCUGUGCCUGGCAUGUUGGCCGUCUGGCAAGAAUUGUCCAUACCGAACCUGCCGGUAAGAACAUGUGGAAGAAAUGUGUAUGCACUGUGGAGCGAUUCAGUCUUGGGCGAAGUGUGAUUGCUCGUGCGACAGCUGUUCGGUCAGAGCUGUGA